CUAAGACUGUAACUGACUGACUACACUGAUCUCGAAUAAAUUUCAAUCUACAAUAAACAAUGGCUACUGAAUCUCCCUGGCGUGUCCAAGGCGAAGCCAAACGCCAAUCUAUCCUCGACGCCAUCCCCGCCAAAUGGCGACUGGCAGACCCCGUUCCUCCUCCCACGGAGCUACGCGAUGUAACCGAAAGCUAUAUCCAGCAAUAUCUCAGCGAGCGUGAGAUUGAAAUUACCGAAUCUGAUGCCGUUGACAUUGCAGCGCAAACGACUACGGGUCGCUGGUCUGCCGUCGAAGUUACGGAGGCCUUUUGUCAUCGUGCUGCGUUGGCGCAUCAAUUAGUCAGUUGCCUACACGAGAUAUUCUUCGACGCAGCCAUCGAAAACGCAAAGAAACUAGACGCCUACUUUGCAGAGCACAGGCGUCCCAUCGGCCCAUUACACGGUCUCCCCGUUAGUCUAAAAGAUCAAUUCCACGUCAAAGGCGUCGAAACGACCAUGGGCUACGUCGGUUGGAUCGGUACCUUCCAAGGCAAAAAGGACGACCCACGCUUCCGCACAGAAGAAAGCGAACUCGUACGAGAACUGCGCAAUCUCGGCGCAGUCCUCUAUUGCAAGACCAGCGUUCCAGCUACCCUCAUGUCCGGCGAGACAAUCAACAAUAUCAUCGGUUAUACAUGGAAUCCGAAGAACCGCCUCUUAUCCUGCGGCGGCAGUUCCGGUGGCGAGGGCGCGUUGAUCGCUUUACGCGGUUCACCUGCUGGUUUUGGUACUGAUAUUGGUGGGAGUGUUCGGAUUCCUGCGGGGUUUAAUUAUCUUUAUGGGCUUCGUCCGUCAUCGGGAAGAAUGCCUUAUCAGGGCGCUGCUAAUUCGAUGGACGGGCAGAGUACUAUUUUAUCUGUAGUUGGACCGCUUGCGCCUACGGCGCGGUCUUUGACGUUGUUGUUUAAGAGUGUGCUUAGCCAGCAGCCCUGGUAUCAUGAUCCGCUUGUACUCGAGCUACCGUGGCGAGAUGCGGUUGUUGAAGAAAUUCGUUCUUGGAUCGAGCAGGCAAAGGCCGGAAAGUCAACUCUGGCCUUUGGUAUCAUGCACUGGGAUGGUAUAGCGCGCGUCCAUCCGCCUAUUGCUCGUGGAUUGAGAAUCGUCGAGCAGACAUUGAAACGACUCGGCCAUAAAGUUAUUCACUGGAGUCCGCCAUCUCAUGCCAUCGCCGGCACGUUGGGUCACCAAGCAUUCAACAUGGACGGCGGCGCCGAUGUAAGCCACCAUUUCGGUCUAUCCGGUGAAUCUAAAGCAGCCCAGAUUAUAAUCAACGACGGCGUCUCGAUAUCCAUGACCGAGCUCGCCGCACUGAAUAUCGCUAAACGCGAGUAUCAGAAGCAAUACAUGGACUACUGGAACAGCACUGCAGGACUGACAGGUACCGGGCGUCCCGUUGAUGGACUCUUUUGUCCACUGGCACCCCAUGCGGCGGUCAUCCCCAAUGAGUACCAUUAUGUGGGAUAUACCUCUUUCGUCAAUGUUUUGGAUUAUACCAGCGUGGCAGUGCCAGUUACAUUCGCGGAUAAAAAUGUCGAUGUGCAUCCAGCGGAUGCAUCUGUCGCUGAGUCGGCGGAGCAUAUUGAGUGGAAGUAUGAUGCUGAUACAUACCACGGCGCUCCGGUGGGAGUUCAGUUGGUUGGGCGGAGACUGCAGGAAGAGAAGAUGCUUACUCUUGCUGAGUAUCUCGGCGACGAGAUCUCCAAGACUGUUCAAGCAAAGUAGGUGAUUAAGAGGAAUUGAACUUGAGCUCUUUCUGGAUGACCAUAGCACGGAAAUCUUAGCUGAUUGGAUGGACUUUCGUUCAUCACAUUACGGUGAACCAAUUCUCAAC